GCUUUCUCCGUCAACAAUGCGGUUUAUGGAGUGCUCAGUGCUGAGAUUUACUGCACAGAGUCUUACUUAACUUUUACGUGGAGCUCUCCGCAAAACUACAGUGUUAACGGAUCUCCGGCUUCGAAGCAGCAGGUAUGUCGCCGAGGAUCAUUUUGCAUUUCGCAAGCAAGACCACAAAUACCUCAGAACGAUGGCGUUUCCACAAACCUUCCGCGCAUACCAGUACGAGAACUAUGGCCUGCUCGACAAUGAGUUGAAGAUCCAAAACAAUGUGCCUCAGAAGGAACUCGGCGCGGAUCAAGUCCGUAUCAAAGUUCACAGCGCUUCGGUGAACCCCAUCGACUACAUGCUUCUAGAAGCGGUGGGCCAGUUGUUCUUGAGCAAGGCCCCCUCUACGGCCGAGCCGUUCGGCAUCGGGUUCGACGCGGCUGGCGAGAUUGUCGAAGUAGGUGAGGACGUCAAGCGGCUGAAAGUCGGUGAUGCAGUCUACACCAUGACGCCGUUCAGUGCGUUCGGCACGCUUGGCGAGUACUGUGCCGUGGACGAGCAGUUUGUGGCGAUAAAACCCAGCAAUCUCAACUUUGACGAGGCUUCGUCUGUUCCGCUUGUUGCCUUGACUGCCUACCAAGGCAUAUUCGACCACGCCAGGCUGCAGAAGGGUGAGACCGUCCUCAUCCUAGGAGGCAGUAGCUCCGUCGGAAUGUAUGCAAUUCAGUUUGCACGCGCCAUCGGUGCACGGGUGAUCACCACUGCCAGUGCGAAGAAGGACGAGUUCGUGAAGGCUCUGGGGGCUCACCAGGUCAUUGACUACCAGAAGGAAAAGUGGCUGGAUGUGGUGGAGCCGCACUCUGUGGAUGCAUUUUACAAUUGUGGCAUGGAGAAUGCUGCCUGGAAUGAGGGUGCUCAAGUCGUGUUGAAAAAGAACACCGGUCGCUUUGUCACGAUCCUGCCCAUGACGCAGCCUAUUAAGGAGACCAAGUUUGGUGCACAAUUGAUCGGUGAAGUUCACAUACACCCUUCUGCUGACAACCUCGUCUCUAUCGCCAAGUAUAUUGAGGCCAAGGAGGUGAAGCCUGUCAUUGAUACGGUGUACCCGUUUGAGAAGGCACUGGACGCCUAUGCCAAGCUCAAAACGCGCCAUGCUCUGGGCAAGUUGGUAGUGAAGGUACAGCAGUAACCUGAUGUAUCAUAGGAAGUCGGCAGAAAAAGAGGAAAGAUUCGCGCAGGUAAACUCACUAAAACGAAAUGCUUCUCAUUAUCCUUGAACAAUUUAUUUUUCUUACAGAAUCUGCGCUGUAAAUUUACAAUAGACCCCACUACAUUUUUGUGGGUGUUCUAAACGA